AUGGCAGAAAACGGUAGAGUUUUCCGCGCAAAUUUGGUGCAGAAACAAGGUCAGAAAGCCGGUUUGACAUAUUCAACGGCUCCGCAGGUGUCAUGGGCCCUAAACCAGCUGUACCCAUUUUUGAUUAUAUUCGAUGGGCUACUGAAUAACUUAAUGUGGUGUUGUGAUGAUAUUUGGCUACCAUUCAUCUACUUGGUGCUUUUGACGAUGGUGGUAAAUUUAGGUGAGGUUCUCGAUAGGUACUCCAACAUUAUCAAGGCAUUGGUCGCUUCGUGGCUUGGCCUUAUGAGUCUCGUCUUUGUCGUGCUAUCGUAUUUGUAUUACAUUUCAAGUGUGGUACAUGAACUGAAGCAAGAAGAGCCUCCUACACUGGAUGAUAUCGUGGUAAUCAUGGAAAAUGUGCAUUACAAGCUUGAAAGGAUGCGUGACGACGUGGGUCGAAUUUCUAGAAUUCGAAAACGCGAAUUGGCAUCUUUAGUGUUGAUACUGAUGCCUCUAAACUGGCUGGUAUCUACUUAUAUGGUGUCCACUCAAAGCUAUGUGAAAUUUCUUGUGACAGCGGGCCUCAUUUUCCAUUCGAGUUGGUGUCAGUGCACUCUACGUUUGGUAUGGCGUAGCUUGUUUGUUCGGCAAGUCUUCUUUGCCUUAUACAAGCAGCAACGUACCACCUUGUCAAAAGACCCAAUCUCUGAUCAUUACACGGUAAUAAAAGAUGCGCUGGACGUUGCAGUGCCAAGAGAGUUAGAUCUAUUGGACGAUCUUAAACACGCAAUGCGUUUGAAGCAAUUCGUUUGUGAGGCUAUUUCCAAUGGAUGCGAUCAAUUGAAAGGGGACCCCAACUACCAUUGGGUCAAAGUCCUGGUUGUCGAGUAUCGAAUUUACGAAAACCAACGCAAAUGGCCGCUGGACGGCUGGACUCACAACACGUUGACUUAUGAGAGGACGAAGUACAGUACGGGGCAAGGCAGCACUUUAUCCAGAAGCCUUUCGCCCUGGGAGUUUCAAGAGUCCCUAAGUCCGGACUGGAUCUGGAUUGAGGAUGGCUGGAAACCACACGAAUGGGAAUAUUGCGAUACGGAAUGGAACAUCAAGGGCCCGGUGGACUCGCUAGACUGUUAUACUAGAACCAGAACAUGGGUCCGGUCUGCUUUCCAGUCACUUCCGGAGUUGUAA